UCAUAGCUUUCUUCUAUGAAUCUAGAUGAAGAGUUUUGUUUAUUUGUUAAUUCAUUGUUUAGAGGGUGCGUGUUCGUAAUAGAAGCUGUUGCGUUCGUGACCCUCCUCACCAGCAGGUGGCGCUCGUUCAGCACCACUGGUGGGAAAAAUCACGGAAACAGAGAAAGCGCGCCCCCUCGGAGAGAAGGAGCAAAUUCUGCUCUUUUUUAUUUUGUUGUCGAAAACGUGUUUGUAGCCAUGGCACAACAUCUGGGAGACAGCCAUCGAAGGUUCCUGCAGAAAAUGAUGGUCAGCGGCAUCAUUGAUGAUAAAAAAGCAAAGGCACUUCAUCAAAUCUGCUGCGAAACACACAAAACACAAUAUGCUCCUGACAAACUGGAUGAGUUCAUCGAGACCAUCAACUCAAAGCUGCAGCCGCUGUUCAUGCAGAUUAGGAAGGGGAUGUCUGAGGAAAAUGGUCAGCAGUUCUACGCUUUGGUAAACACGGCUGAAACUGAAAUCACCAGGAUGUCGUCAGAAUAUGCCGAUAAUGAACUGGAGUUGUUCAGAAAGACCAUGGACCUGAUCGUGAGCUCUGAAAAUGGCACAGCUUCCUCCACUGACAUCCUGAACAGCGCCGACAUGAUGAUCACUAAGAAGCUCAAGAAGAGUGAAACAGAGCACCUUUUAACUCGACUUGUGAGCGACAAAUGGCUUUGUGAGAAACGAGGGGAGUACACUCUGUCCACUCGGUGCAUCAUAGAGAUGGAGCCAUACAUUCGUGCCAUGUAUCAAGAUCAGGUCAAGAUGUGCUACAUCUGUCACAGCGUUGCUUUUCAGUGCCAAAUUUGCGACAACCCCUCAUGUGGAAUAAAAAUCCACAGCCCGUGUGUGGCCAGAUACUUCAAAGGCAGAACCGAGCCACACUGCCCUUCUUGUGAUGACUUCUGGCCGCACGAAAUCCCAGAGGUCAGAGGGCUUCACUCUCAGUCCAAGCGAUGAGGACUUCAUAUAUGUUGUUUUAAUUUGUUCAAGUAUCUCGUUUCCUUUAACCAAAGUUUGCUUUUAACAUGUAUUAAAAUAUUUAUACAGAAAAAAAACCUGAAUUUACCUUCAUUAGUGUCUCCAUGUAGACAGUUUUCAAAAGCAUUCAUUAUUGCACUCAAUUUGUGUUUGUUGCAGUGUCUAUAUGAGUUAUUUCUGCUAUGUGUACACCAUAUGAACAUUAGUUAUUUGGAAUUAAAACUAAUUUCUGUCCAACCAUCAAUAGUUGUUCAAAGUAUAAAAUAUAAUUUGAUGAAGUCAGAAAGUUAUGGAAAAGAGGUUUUAGCCAUCGGUUGAUCCAGAUUCUUACAUCCUUACACAGUUUUUUGCACAUAUUGAUAAAAGAAAUCAGUUUAAAUAGAGAAUAUCCUAAAACAUUUAAAUGCAGAAACAAUAUAAACACUUUUUAGGUAGAUGAUUUAUUGCAUAAAUCUAUUAGUUAAUGUAAAAACAUGCAUGCAUGCUGCACAGAUAUGCAUUAUAUAUAUAUAUAUACAUACAGGAGUAAUUAUUUUCUAAUACAAGAUUCUUGAGUUGCACAUAUCUUCUCUAAUGAAUCCUAACAGCAGGUUGCAUGGCCCACGUUUUAAAUAGUCCCAAGAAAUCAAAUCUGAGCUGCAGCCUAAAUGUGCAUCACCUCCCACCAGCUGUCUGAUGUGCUAACAUUUAAAAUAUGUUGAUCUGAGAUGAGUCCUGUUUUAGUAUUUUCAGGGUGACGAUUAAAUGAGUAGUUUUCCUAAACCACGGGUAAAAAAACGCAUAUAUGAGAGGGUUCAAGCAAGAAUUAAAAUACAGCAUCCAGGACACAAUGGC